UCUCAUCUACUACUCUAUUCUAAAACACACACACAAACACACUCCUCACUUUCUUCUUAUUUUUUUUUUUUUUCUUUUCUGUUUCUCUCUUUAACUCAUCACUCAUGGACUCCAUGUCCCCAAGAUACCAAGAGAAUAAUCACAAACAAUCGCUUAUUCUUCACACCUCAAACACCAAUGGACUCCUCCACCCUCAGCCUCCAAAACCCAUCACCAGAUCCGAACCCGCCAACCCGUACCCGACCACCUUCGUCCAAGCGGACACAUCCUCCUUCAAGCAAGUAGUCCAAAUGCUCACCGGAUCCUCCGAGACUGCAAAACAAGCCUCAUGCUCCAAACCCACCAACCCGACCCAUAACAUCCCACCCAUCAAAUCCAUACCCAAGAAGCAGCAGCAGCAUCAGCAGCAGCAAUCCGGGUUCAAGCUCUACGAACGCAGAAACUCCCUCAAGAACCUCAACAUCAACCCUUUGAUCCCCGUUUUCUCCUCAUCAUCUAACAAUUCUGGGUUCUCGCCCCGAAAACCCGAGAUCCUCUCCCCAAGCAUCCUUGACUUCCCUUCCCUCGUCCUCAGCCCCGUCACGCCCCUCAUACCCGACCCGUUUGACCGAUCCGCCACACCCGGGUUCGUUAGAAGCCCUUCUUUGGAUGCAGAGGCAGAAGAAAAAGCUAUAAAAGAGAAAGGGUUUUUCUUGCACCCUUCACCGGCUUCAACUCCGAGGGAUGCUGAACCCCGUUUGCUUCCUCUGUUUCCUACUACAUCUCCCAGAGCUUCAGGUCCUUCUUCUGCAUCUUGAAUGAUUUUUUAUUUUUAUUUUUAUUUUUUUUUGGUUACCGUCUUUUUGGAUUUUGUGUAAGAUUAUUAUAUAUAUAUA